UAAGUCCCCUCCUCUGUACACUAUUGCCAACAAGUAAAGUGCGUAUCGAUUUACCUCAGUAGUGAUAAGAGCGUGCGACAGCCGACAGGUGAUUGCACCACGUCGUCCGACGACCCCCAAUGCACAAAUUGGAAAGCAACAAUUAGCUCAAAAAUUAUCUCAACAAUGAAUAAGUGCAUUUUAUCCGUAAUCGUGAUAGUAACCCUGUUAGUUGACAAAUCGCAAUGUUACAGCAUCGAAAGAUAUCCACUGCUGAUGCCAGAUGUCAAGCCGAAUAUUCCCGAGCUGUACCUCUGCACACCUAUCAAGGUCAAUUCAACGACGAGUUAUUACAUCGUGGGGUUCGAACCCAAUGCCACCAUGAAUACAGCCCACCAUAUGAUUCUUUAUGGGUGCAAAAAACCUGGAGCUGCUAAGGGUGUGUGGAAUUGCGGGGAAAUGUCGAGAUCUGGAAAUGAUUUGAAAACAGCUGCUCCCUGCAGUGAAGGUUCCGAGAUUAUUUACGCUUGGGCCCGAGAUGCACCUACCCUUUCGCUCCCAGAAGGAGUGGGUUUCAAAAUUGGACGUGACUCUGCAAUCGAAUACCUAGUUCUCCAAGUCCAUUAUGCGCACAUCGAGCCCUUCGCCGGUGGUAAAACCGACGACUCCGGAAUAUUUUUGCGAUACACCGAUGAACCAAUGAGCAAAUUGGCCGGUGUUUUUGUCCUGGGCACAUCUGGGCUCAUUCCCCCGAUGCAAACCGAGAAGAUGGAGACAGCGUGCACCAUAAAAGAGGAAAAGACUAUUCAUCCUUUUGCAUACAGAACGCACACACAUUCCCUCGGUAAAGUUGUAUCUGGCUACGUAAUCAGGAACAAUGAGUGGGUGGAGCUGGGGAAGAGAGAUCCUCUGACACCCCAGAUGUUCUAUCCCAUCCACAACAACAUGACCAUCACCACCGGUGACACUUUAGCAGCGAGAUGCACGAUGCUGAGCAAUCGAAACAGAUGGACGAGCAUUGGAUCGACCAAUGAUGACGAGAUGUGCAAUUUUUACUUGAUGUAUUACGUGGACCAAGGCGAACCUCUCAAUACGAAGUACUGCUUCACCGAGGGACCACCCAAUUUUUACUGGGAAAAAGCUGGUCUUGUUAAUAUACCCGAUGUCGAGGCUUCAUCAUUGUAAGUCAAUUCUCCAGAUUUAUCAUCAUGCAUACGUGAGAGAAAAAUCAUUACAUUGAUUGAACGAAUUAAUACUGGAUUUCGUUGGCGUCACUAAAUAUUCAUUCGAUUUAUCACGGGCAAUGAAGUAUUUAUUAGAUACUACAUAUAUUUGUGUUGAAUAUCCAAACAGAUAGUUAAUUAAAAAUUAUUUAAGCCUGUACUAUCCAUCGGACCUAAUCUUGAAUUCUGUCGUUUUAGUGUAAAAUAUUUCUGUAUUGUGUUUGAUCGAUAGUACAUGCGGGCCUUAAUGAGAAUUUGAAAGGUCUCAGGAUGAAUACUUACUCUACUUUCAAUUCGGAAAGAAUAUUUGGCUCAAGAAGCAAAUCAUUCACAUAAUCUGACAAGCAAUUUAUUCUGUUGAAUCCCGUAGGAAUCGGUAAAUUAUUCUGUAAUUGACUAUCAUACGUUCUGCCGUUCUCUUUUUCUUUUAUAUCUAAUUUCUUUAUAAAUGUGUAACUUUUAAUUCGGAGUGUUCGGCUGUAAUAUUUACAUUUGUGGAGUCAUUAUGAUGGAGAGACGCCUCAGGUUAUCCAGUCACUUAUUAUGUUUCUACAUGAAACAACUACAUGAAGAUACUUAAACUUCUGAAGACUUGAAUUUAUCUGCAUAAUACAGCACUCAUCACAUUACUGAGUAAACUCAGGUGUGUGUACCUGUUUGCAUUCAACAUGAAAAGUACGUAAUACAUUGUGGUGAAGCAUAGAUAACUCUGAGUAGGAAAAAAUGGCGGAGGAAUAUUUAAUUCCUGAGUUGAAGUACUUAAUUAAUGGCUGAAAUGAAAAUGGAGAUGGGAAUCAAGCGGGGUGUCACAUUGUUAAGAAUAUUUUAUGGAGUGUUGAUGUUUUUUGGAGUUGAGAGACAUUUCAUUUUACUACUGCACUGAUGAAUUGCAAUUUUUUUUCCAAUUCAUCGCAUAAUUGAGAAUAAUUUUCAUAGAAUCAAUGAAUUUUCAUAGAAUAA